AUGGCGUUGAGUUUGUACGGCGAGGUUGUUCUUUCCAACGUCUGUGAAUAUCUUCACAUGGGUGCGCUUAGCUGCAAGAAGCUCUACAAAAUACAGAGUUCGAGACAUGGGUUCGGCAAACGCGAUAUUAUAUACUAUUGGAUGCGCAGAGACAGCAUCGGGCAAGGAUUCAGCGCUAGCCAACGCUGGCGAUCCAUAACGACGGCGGAUGGUGCGUUCCCGUAUUGCAAGCUGCAGCGACGUCAGAUCGAGAAUAUCCGCGACCUGUGGCAGGCCAUAAGCAACAUCGACGGCGCUACAGAGAUACAGAGAAGCUUGGUACUGCACGGAUUCGAUAAUGCAACCGGCCCUGUAAAGUACACGGGCAUUGUAGGCGGAGCUGUGCGGAAUUGCGCGGUCGCGUUGUCGAUCCUGCGCGAUACUCGACAGGUCUUGGAUGCAGUCCAUACUCUUGUCAAAGCCGACACUGUGAUGCUGACUGCCAAAGCGAUCUGCGAUCUGCACAAGACAUUGAUGCAGACCAGCCGAGUCCUCUACGUCAAGACGCUGCAUGGGUCUCAGCUUUCCUACGUCACCAUCGGAGCGACUCGACAGCGCUCAUGCGUCAAUGUGAUGGUACAGAGCGCGUCCGUGAAGGUCCAGUUCUGCCCAUUCGACCAAGUCGAGGCAGAACUGGAAGCGUUCUGCGAGAAAUUCAAUGACCUCAUCGGACGAGAUGACGUGGACCCGUUCGCAACAGCAGCAUGGGUCCAGCAUACAUUCGUCAGCAUCCACCCGUUUGAGGAUGGUAACGGACGACUUUCGAGAAUCCUCUCGUCAAUACCGCUGUUGCGAAUGGGACUGCCGCCGCUUUGCAUCCAGGCAGAAAUCAAGAACAUCAGGGCGAACCGGGACGGAGACUACCAGGAGCUGAUGGAGUUUCUGUGGGCGGGGACAAAGACAUCGUUGGAGAUGGUCAAGCUGAUUGCUGACACGCAGAGCAGCAGUCCGCGCAUUGCCGUUCUGGUCGCGGUGGUCGCGGGGACCGCCCUCGGUGACGUGUGGCACCUCAGCGGGUUCAGUCCGCGUCGUCUUGGUCUUGGGCUCCUCGGUGGCGUUCGCGCUGGUCGUGGCCUUAGGGUGGGCCACUUCAUCGUUGUUCUCGUCGCAGUCAUCACCGUGCUCGCGCUCGAACAUGAGCCUAUUCCUUUCCAAGGGUGGUCGAACGCUGUUAUGCACCUCACGAAGCCGCAGACUAAAUGA